AGAGCAAGAUGGAGGACGGAGUCUGAGAGAAGUGACGCGUUAACGGGGAAGAAGAAGAAGAGGAGUCCGGUUCUCCUGGACCCGGGACCCAGCCGGACCUCAGCGACCAGGACCGCGACAAGGCCGGGAUGAAGGAGGAAAACCAGGACUCGGGUUUCAUCGACCCGGAUCCCGACAAGACAUGGAUGAAGGAGGAGGACCAGGACCCGGACUUCAUAGACCCAGACCACUACAAGAUUGUGAUGAAGGAGGAGAACCAGGACCCGGAAUUCUCCGACCGGACAUGGACUGAGGAGGAGAACCAGGAACCAGACUCCUACAACAUCGUGAUCAAGGAGGAGAACCAGUACCCGGAUUUAAUUGACCAGAUUGGGAUCAAGGAGGAGAACCAGGACCCGGGUUUCACCGAGCAGACCGGGCUGGAGGAGGAGAACCAGGACCAGGGUUUCACCGAGCAGACCGGGCUGGAGGAGGAGAACCAGGACCAGGGUUUCACCGAGCAGACCGGGCUGGAGGAGGAGAACCAGGACCCGGGUUUCACCGAGCAGACCGGGCUGGAGGAGGAGAACCAGGACCAGGGUUUCACCGAGCAGACCGGGCUGGAGGAGGAGAACCAGGAUCCGGGUUUCACCGAGCCGACCGGGCUCGAGGAGGAGAACCAGGAGCGGGGAACUGAGCCUGACCCCGGUCUACAGAAACAGAGAAGCACAAAUGUCCGUCACAUCCAACAGAAGAAGAGCAGCUGUGGCGAGUGCGAGGACACGUUCACAAACUCCAGCUGUUUAAAGACGCACCGACACGUCCACACCGGAGAGAGACCGCACAGCUGCGACCAGUGUGGACGCUCCUUCACCAGCGCCAGUGGUUUGAAGACUCACCGGCGGCGGCACACCGGAGAGAAACCGUACAGCUGUGAGGAGUGUGGGAAAACCUUCAGGGCUUUGAGUACGGCGAGGAUCCAUCAGCUGAUUCACAGCGGAGAGAAACCGCACCACUGUGAGGAGUGUGGGAAAUCUUUUCUGACCUCAAACAGACUUAAAACUCACCGACGCAUCCACACCGGAGACAAACCGUACAUGUGUGAACAGUGCGGUAAAAGCUUCACCAGGUCCAGUUACCUGACGAUCCACCAGCGCGUCCACAGCGGGGAGCGGCCCUACAGCUGCGGCGAGUGCGGGGCAGCGUUCAGCACGUCACAUGGUCUAAAGACCCACGAGCGCAGCCACACCGGUGAGAGGCCGUACGGCUGUGAGCAGUGUGGGGCGUGCUUCACCACGCCCACCGCUCUGAAAGGUCAUAGACGCCGGCACAGCGGGGAGAAGCUGUACAGCUGCACCCAGUGUGGGAAAGCAUUCACAGCCCUGGGUCAUCUGAUAAACCACCGCCGUCUCCACAGCGGAGAGAAACCGUACAACUGCGAUCUUUGCACCAAGUCUUUCGUGACUUCAACUCAGCUACAAACUCAUCGACGCAGCCACACCGGGGAGAAGCCGUACGGCUGCGACCAGUGCGGGAAGAGCUUCAGCAGGUCAGGUGAUCUGAAAAGCCACAAACGCAUUCACAGUGGAGACCGACCGUACAGCUGUGACCAGUGUGGGGCAGCGUUCAGCAGGUCGGACGUCCUGAAGACACACAGACGUGUUCACACCGGAGAGAGGCCGUUCAGCUGCGACGAGUGUGGGGCCAGUUUCACCAGAGCAGAUCAUCUGAAGAUCCACAGGCGGGAUCACACCGGAGAGAAACCAUACGGCUGUGACCUUUGUGACAAAUCAUUCGCGUCUUCGAAACAACUACGUGUCCAUCAGAGGAGUCACAGCGCCGAGUCCAACCCGGACUAAACACCCUCCACCGUGUUCACAUGUCGGUUCUGGUUUCAUGGACUCAAUGGUUCAGAGACUCAUGGUCUUCAUCAUGUGGAGCAUGAUGGGUAAAGUGCUGGUAGCCAAUGAGGAGGCUCCACCUGUUGCAUCCACUGCUGACGGGCUCAUGAAUUACACAUGCAAGCAUGCAUUUGAUCAACAUAGAAAAUAAUGUUUGAACACGAUUUAUUCAAAUGUUCUGUUGUUUGAUUAUGAAAACAACAGAAUCUAGUGUUCAACGGCGUCCUGAGUGAAACAGACAAAUCAAAGCUUCUGAGAAGCUGCGUCUGGAAGUAGUUCUGCCUCUACACUGUAGAUCACAACCUUUUUUCUGUUCGUGAAUUGAAUAACUUUGCAUUUCCAUCACGUAUGAUGCAAACUAACCGAAACUGAAAUAGACAUUGGUCGAUUCUGUUCAUACAGGAAAUGUGACCUCUUUUACUGUUUUGAAUCCUCUGUGAUAAAUAAAGUAUUUUUAAGAAAA